AUGUCUAAUCAUUCAUUUGAAGUCCCUUGGAACGAUACCAAUCCGUUACUCGAAAAUACUCCAAAGAAUCCAGUAAUUUGUGAGCUCGUCUGUCAAUUAGAAAAAUUAUUACAGGAAAGAAAAAAAAAUAGUUGCCCUUCUGAUGAUAUGGACAUUAGAAUAUUAUCAGCCAUUGAAUGUGCAAUGAACAACGUCAAGUUACUGAUAGAAAAACAAGACUUAACGGACCAGCAAAAACGGUAUUUAGUAAAAAAAAGUAGGUUAAUGAUUAAAGAGGCAAGCAAUGUCAUUGAAAAAUCUUUAAAACUGCGAUCACAUUGA